AUUAUAUUCACCUAAAAAUUAAUAAAAACUUAGAAAGGGUGACCAAGCUGAUGGAGAACGAAGAUCAAAGAGGGAGAAGAGAGAACAAAUAUCGAGGCAUACGACGAAGACCAUGGGGAAAAUAUGCUGCUGAGAUACGUGAUCCUAAUAGGAAUGGUGCACGUCUAUGGUUAGGUACUUUUGAAACAGCUGAAGAGGCGGCUAGAGCUUAUGAUAGAGCCGCCUUUUCUCUAAGGGGUCAUCAAGCCAUUCUCAACUUCCCUAAUGAUGGACAUUAUCAUAUCAAUAAUAACACUAAUGUACCUCUAGGUGUUGGACAAAGCUAUAACGCGCCUUCUACAAUGGGGAACAAUAUGAACAUGUCCUCUUCUUCUGCUUCUGCUUUUUCUGAUGAUCGACAUGAUCAUGGAGAGAAGGUUGAGUUUGAGUAUUUGGAUAACAAUCUUCUAGACGAACUUCUUGCUUCACAAGUUCAUCGCCAUGAUAAUAAACGUCCUAAGUUUUAGAUUGCUUCCAAUUGAUUGAAAUUAAUGGUCUUAUCAAUUUGUUACUUAAUUACCAUCUUAUUGUCUUGUUAUUUCCAAUUUCUUUAAUUUUAUGUCCAACUUGCUCUAAUUUGCUAUA